AUGGCCCCUAAAAAGAAGAGGCAGUACAGUAGAAAUGGCUGUAAGGAAUGUAAGAGGAGGAAGCUGAAAUGUGACGAGGGUAAGCCUGAGUGCUGGCAAUGCUCACACCUCGGAAAGAGGUGUAUCUAUUUGAAAAGUAUCAAGUUCUCUGACUCAAGGAACGUCACUGUUGAACGUCAGUCUCAGACCAGGACCCGGUACAACUUCAUCAACUUUUCCCUACAGAAGACCGAUGCAUCACCAGCCAGUGAAUCGCCGGAGCUAUCAGUCUCCAGUGGUGGUGAUGGCGGUGGUGGCCAUGAGAUUGCCUCACUAUCGCCAUAUGUGCCACACAUCUCACCCAUUGAGGACAAAGAUAUCAUAAUUAAUGAGGCCUCAACGCUGGCAAACACCAUCAUUGAGUCUCUGGAUACUAAUUUUGACGUAUUCUCCAUGGAUUUCGGCAUUUUCCCAGACUAUGUGAAGAAGCAGGAUAUACUGAACUCGUUCGAUCUACCACAACCUCAUAAGACACAUCUAGAGAUAUUUUACGAUAAGAUUUCAGCCCGGCUAAUGCCACUAGAACAGGGCCUUUGCAAUGAGAUCUUGUUGACGAACGCUAGAAAGGCUCCCUACUUAUUAGCUGCAAUGCUGAGCCUGGCGACAACAGGAGAUGAGAAGCUGAAAUACAUAUCAACCUGCUUGAGCAAUAUCAGCAACGUUUUCCAAGAUCACUCUAAAAUCUUGAGCAACAUCGAACCUUUGAUACUGACGGUCCUUCUGCUAGCAGCUGAUCCAACGUCUAAUGAUUGGAGAGCACAUCUCCGGGGUGCUAAAGACCUCUUUGUCAAAUAUAUCAAGUUCUAUGCAACCCCUUCAUUGCUGUUGGCUAAAAGCUGGUUUGCUGCGAUUGAAAUCCUUGCUGGAUUACAAAACGCUGGUACUGGUAAAAGACAUGAACUGAAUAAUCUACUGGAUGUUGGACUGUACGGUUCCAACGGUGAUUUGGCUGUUGAAGUUGGCAUUUUACUUCCAAGUGGCUAUAACCUAUUUCUGGGUUAUAGCACCGAAGCCAUCAUCAUGUACAGAGAAUUCAUCAAAUUGUCGCACAUGGAUAAUGGAGACAUAUUGUUCCAAAUGAGCCUUAUACACAGUGCAAAGGAGUUCCAAGUGGCCAGCGAUAACAUCCUCAUUCCACUAGAUAAUCCAUCACAUCCGGAUUACUCUGGAAAUGAACCAAAAAACAUACUUCCCUGGAGCUGUUAUGGAUUCAAAGAGAACAAGGUUUAUUCAUGGUUUGAUCUGAUUCACCAUCUACACGUCGAUGCACUAUUGCUGAAAUUGUACAAUGAGCAUUUCUCCAUGGAUAAAACACAUCCGCUAUGUCAAAACCUCAUGAAAGGUAUGUUAAACAUGUGCUUCUUCUACGACGAUGCAACAAACGAAAUUAUAGAUCCUCUUGAUUCAAGGCUACUGAUGUUACAAGGUCCUAUGCUAAACUGUGGUUUGAACUGUGUUGAUCAGGAUGACAAAGACCUUGUGGAAGCUUACUUCAAAAGUCUGAUCGACGCCGGAGUGCUGAGUGCCAACGCUACUUUCAACAAAGUCCGUUACGCUUGGACUGGAGUUGGUGUUGAUAACAUGGAACAACUGCCAUUUGCCUGA